UAAAAGAAGAAAGAAAAAACGAAGAAGCAGAAAAGCGAAAUAUAAAUAUAAAAGAGGAAGCACCGCCCUAUUCGACCAUUAACAGAAAUGGCAUUGAAAAUGAGACCCAAUAUCAGAGAAACUCUCUCUUCUUUCGACUAAUCGAGAACACUGAACGAGGUAGGGCGCGUAUAGUGUCUCCAUCCAUCCACCUUUGAUUCUCUCCCCCAAAAACCAAAACCAAAACCCCCCCACUGUUUUCAAUCCUUUAAAGCUCGCCGCAAGUUCACCCUAUGGAAGACGAACACCCCCUCUCACCUCCAGCAGCCCCACCUCAUCACCCUCCCCAAGACAACGACAACAACAACAAAAGCCCUGACUCAACCACCGCCUCCACCGCCACAACACCAACAGAAACCAACAACAAAAAGUGCAAGGGCAAGGGAGGCCCCGACAACAACAAGUUCAGGUACCGCGGCGUGCGCCAGCGCAGCUGGGGGAAAUGGGUGGCCGAGAUCCGCGAGCCUCGUAAGCGGACGCGGAAGUGGCUUGGCACCUUCGCCACCGCCGAGGAUGCCGCCCGGGCCUACGACCGGGCCGCCAUCAUCCUCUACGGUUCCAGGGCCCAGCUCAACCUCCAGCCCUCCGGUGCCAACUCUCAAUCGUCCACGCGUGGCUCCUCUUCCUCCUCCUCCUCCUGUAACUCCUCCGCCCAAACCCUAAGACCUCUGCUUCCUCGCCCCUCAGGGUUCGGCCUUACCCUCCCUUUCCCCUCAUCAGCCCACCCGGUCCCGCUCAUGGCAUCGGGGUUCGUUCCGUAUGGUGUUGGUGUCGGAGUUUACCCUAGCGUUGCUGCUGCUGCUACCUCGUCCGUUCAGCUGAGUCAGCAUCAUCCUCAUCAUAUUAAUAUGAGAGGCCAAGAUAAUCUUCAAAAUAAUCCAUUAUUGCACCAACAACAGCAGCAGCAGCAGCAAGUUGUGGUGCAGCAAUUUCAUCAUCAGUACCCGGUAUCUGACGGUGGCGGUGGUGACACGUCAACCUCAUAUCAAAAUCCAAACCCUAGCCAUGAUCAAUACCAACAACUACUUCAUCAUAAUCAAAACAAUCAGGCCGAUUCUUGUUCGUUCGAUGACGGGAAUUCGAUUAUGGGCUCCGGGUUGUCUCUGUCGUCUUCGCAACCCAUGCCCGUUGCACCGGGGUGCUCGGAUCCGAUGAGCGGAGUGGGACCCAUGUCUCCGUUAAUGUGGCCGUUGACGAGUGAGGAAGAGUGUGCGCCGAGUCUUUGGGACUAUGGUGAUCCUUUCUUUUUGGAUUUUAAAGGAUUUGAUUCCUGAUGAUGAAGAAUUCAAGAUCUUACAUAUAUAUUUAUAGUUCUGCAUGUCUCUUUUGAAGAAGAACAAGAGAGAUACAGUAAUGUACUCAAUUCCUUUCAAAGUUGAAGCUUUAUAUGUAGACUGGGCUUGCAUGCGAGGUUUCACAGUGAUUUUGGUUUACAAAUGGGUUGAUGAAGAAUAUUAAUUUACAAGAUCGGGCCAAAACUUGCUUGCGCUUAUGGAGUUGAUGAGACAACAGUGCUGUGAAUAUGAGUUUGAUAUUCACGAGGUUACGAAAAAGGCAUACCGAAGUAUUGGAUUGAAGCUGGUGGUGAUGGAUAGAAAUGCUUGGUGAGCACAACGGUUUGGCAAAUUGAUAAAUGAUGAUGCUGCAGAAAGAUCGAUCUAAGGAUAGUUUGGGAC